AUGCAUUCGGUCAUCUUUUGCAUUUUUUGCAUUUUUGCGUUGUUUAUGACAGCUUAUGGUACAGUUUUGGUAUAUGAGAACGGUGCAUCAACAAGGUCAAAUGGCCUUAAAUACCAAAAUGGUUCAUUGGGAAGCACAACAAAUGGGACGGUGUCUUUGGACAUGGAGCAAGUCUGGCUGUAUAGAUAUUACUGGCCCAACAAAACCAGGGUAAGUAAAUCUUACUUCCAUUGCUUGUUGGUCGGCCAGGAUAAAAAUGAGAGGUUUCUAUAAUAUGAAAUCUUUCAAGGCCCGCAUACUCUAUGACUUGUACGGACAAUCGGUUUCUGCCGGGCUAAAGUAGAGGCCACAUUCCACAGGUGAAGAGCACAGGUCAUGGCUCCAUCGAUAAAUUACCAAACCACACAGAUUCCCCUCGAACUAAUAGAGCAUUUUGUUAAGAGAUUAGGGCUAGGAGAAACUUUUAAUGCUGUUUGAUUGUCUUUAUCAUGGUGACCUGUACUCUGACCUGUGAAAAAAUAACCUGUAUUUUAGCUCUGCCCAGUGGUUCACAGUUACAUUGAUCACAUUUCACGUCAACAUUUGUGGGAAUUCCCCCAUUUGGUUCUCACCCCUGGGGAUAUCAUUGAUUGGUAUGUUAUUCACAAGUGGGGGCUCUCUUGGAAUAUUUGAAGCAUCUGAAUUUUCAGAGAAAUUUCUGCGCCAAAUCUGUAUCCUGGAGCUUGAAAAACGAGAAAUCUAAAUAUUUGGUUACAUAUAUGCCAACUCUCACGCGGACUAAAGACAUCGAUCUCACGCAUCAAGGACAAUUCCUCAUGUCUGACACACAAAUCCAGACAUGAUUAACAAUGGCAGUUCAAUUCAAUUUCCCCAAAAAUAUUCCAAAAAGGUGCUUAAUGUUGACUUUGUGUCCUAAAUGUAUCUGCACAACAUGCUAAAAUUGUCGCCUCUAAAAUAGCUUCUGAAAUGCUCUUGAAAAGGUUAUUGGGACAUUUUUGCCAACGUUGAGAAGUCUUAGGAAAAUUGCCGGACAUCUUGGAUGUUUUCAGCAACCUCUGUCAUGACAAAAAUUCCACCACGUUUCUCUCAGAAAAAGUUGGCAGGUACUUGAUGAGCCUGCGAUAUUGGUACUGUGACAUAGCACUGGUAAUUUUCACAUUUUAAAACAUAAUUUCCCUGCAAGAGGUAGAAUGCCUCUGCUCUUGAUCCUGAAAAUAUGAGCCCGUACUGGCUGAAGCUGGUUUGGGAAUGGGGGUGGAUUUUAUGUCACUAUUGCAAUGGAAUUUCUUUAAUUCUAAUAUUCUUAUUGUAUGUACUUUCUUUUCUUGAUUAAGCCUUAUGCCGUACGGGUUAGCAUCUCAAGUGAUGCAGCAACUCAAGGUUUUCCUUUGCUAUUUGUGGCACGCUUGCAACGAGGUGUCAUGUCAUGGUCAAUACCAGAAGAAAAGUAAGUAGAGUCCUAAAAUCAGAGUGAAGGGCUUCAAAUAACAACGAAACCCUGAUCCAACAAACCCCUGACAAAAACCACAAAUAAAUUAUUCAUGACAUGAGAUCUUGGGUCAUUCAGUAAAAUAAUUGCUAAUAUUGAGUGACAUGUUUUACUCUUCUCCCUUCUUGCUCUCGCUUUCAAUGUUGGCCUUUAAAUUGGACAAAUCAAUCAAAAACACCUUAACACAUGGAAAGGGAGAAGGAAGGUACCAAAUGUAGCUGUGUGACUCAAGUUAGGACAGUGCCUUUGAUUGCUGGUAGAAAAAGUGGUAUUCGACCAGGAAUCAGGUAGACAAAGAAAUACUUUGUGGAUGUGCUACCUCCAAAUCAUUAUUCAUUUAUUUAUUGUUUAUUUUUAACCUUAAUAGCUGGCCUCAAAAAUAAAAUGAUUUAGUUUUUCCAGUAUUUCAAAUUUAAAUUCAUAAUUACAAUGUUUAGUUUCUCUUCCAUUAUCCAGAGUUAAUUGUGGUUUUUUGUUGUUUGUUUGUAGGUAUAAUUACAGUCUUGCCAGCCGUACCCUGUGCCCCUUUCUUCAUAGCUACAUAUCAUUAACUAAUGGAUCUGUUCUGCCUGAAUCAUUCUCUGUUGAUGUCUCCACUUUUUCUCCAAAGCCUGUCAAUUAUACUCUGAAAGCAGAUUUUGUUGAUAACUUUAUUUUGAUGUGAGUAGUUCUAAGUGAAUAAUAUCAAAGAGACUGACAGUCAUGAGGAGAAGGGGGAUGUGCCUGGGGAGAAGCGUUGUGUGAGGACCCUAAUAAUAACUGCAAAGUCAUACUACGUAAAUACUCAGUUAGUACUCAGCUCUUAAAAACCAACCCCUUUUGUUGGUUCUCCAAAACACACAGCUCCAUUGUUUAAGGGAUAGAGUCAUUGUUAUAUUUCUCUGUCUAUUGUUUCACAGCCAAUACUGUGACGCCUUGUAAAGAGCUGUAUAGCACCCCUAAAUACUACAUAAAUAAUUUAAAUUAUUUAAAAAUGAAGCAAAUGAUGGUAAGUAAGGAAGCCAUCCUUAUGAUUAAAAUUCUUUCCUUGGUGGCUUAAAACUUACUGAAAAUAAACUUUUCAGGGCCACCUAAAUAAUUUAUUGAAGUUUUCUCUGGGAAGUCCCCAGACUCCCCAAGUGGAACUGGGGGGCGAUCUCCACAUGUGGUUGUGCUACAUGAUAAGUGUUUUACGUUUUCAACUUAUAUUUAAAAACAUGAAACCCAAAGUAGAGUUUUUUAUUUCAGUGGGAAAAUUAUAUUUCAUUUCCCCGCUUUGGGAUAAAAGACAAACUGCACGUUUUGAUCGAAUGAUGCAAUCUUUAAAGAAUGUUGCCACAUCUCUUGCAAUAUUGGAAGGCACUGGAGCAGGAUUUAUUUCUUGUUGUGAGGCACUGCUAAGGCUUUACCAAAAACAUGAAUAACCAAAAAAAGUCAUUUACAAUGAAACUUGAUUUUAACAGGUUACACGAACCACAAACUGUCACAGUGGAUCCAGCACAACCCAUGGUAAGACUAUCAAAACUUUAAGUUAAAUGCAUACUAUUUUUCUAGCCUUCUGUAACUUCCAAAACUCAUCAAAUUGUUUCAAUCCUCUGUUCACAGUAUUUUUUGUGGAGAUUCCCAGAUGAUGUGGAUACUGUUGUUGUAAAAGCUGAGUCUGAGAAUGCUAAGUUGUGCGCCAUUUUGUCAAUACAAGGAACCCAGGUAUACUGUUUUUGUGUGAUUCAUUUUUUAUUAGUAAUAGUUUUUUUAUUUAAGGAAGCAUUUUUAAGUAGCUCAUCCCCCUGGAAAGUUAUUGAAAAAUUCAUGAGGGAGGGGUUCCUAAAGCUGAUAGAAUACAACAGCAGCCGCCUGUGUGAAGUCAAAUUGGAAUUUCUAAGAGUUUUGGUUUGGCUGUUUCUAUUUUCCCGAAUGACACAUGCUUGUGGCAGUGCAAAGUCUGUCUUUACACCCUCUAUUGACAAUGAUAAUGUGCUUAAUGUAGCAGGUAUAUUGACACACCCUGUAUUUUCUUUUGCUGCUAGAAUAAAGUUUAUAAAUUGUAGUCAUUAUAAAGUAUGGUACUUUAUAUUUCAUUCCAGUGUCCAGUGUAUGAUCUUGCGAGAAAUGUGGAAUUUACUGGCUAUUUUCAGACUAUGACAACUAAAGCAGCUAUCACGAUGGAGGUGGAGUUUAACUUUGAAAAAGUAGAAUUAAUUUUUGUAAAAUAAUUCUGAACAAGAAGUGAAAUGGAUAUAAACUGCAACAACUUAUUGGUUUUAGCCAGGUGGGCAAGACAGCCACCUUUUUGGGAAGAAACAUUUUUUUGUUACAUUUUGUAUUUAGAACCAAUGGCUUGAGAGUUGAGAAAAAACUUUUCAGCAUAUUUUGCUGUAGUGGGGAGGAAGGGGAGGGUUUGUCCCCCCCUCCCCCCCUCCAACCCUCCACAGCCUGAUCAGUGGGACCUUGCCAGGGUCAAACGAAAAAGAAAUUAAAAGAUAUUAAUUUGUAUUUGUCCGCUACUCUUAACUGGUUUUUCGGGGAUGAUGAGACAGAGUUAAGAAUCUCAACUGGUCUGGGGUAAACAAGUAAGCUAUUUACAGAGGUGUGGCCAAGAAGUUGAACUUGGGACUUAACCAGCCAGCCAAAUAACAGAUCCAGCCAGUUAUAGCAGGGCGGAACUUGAACUCCGCUCCACCUGAUUGCAAGUCCCAUGCUUUAACUGCUCAGCCUUGCAGCCUUACUUGUAAACACUCACUCAUGAUCUCCUGUCUAAAACUCUCCGCCUAACAGAUCAAUACCAGUUUGACAUCCCAUAUAAUUUUGUAAUUAGCUUACAAGGACAGGUUGACAGGCUAAGUGAUUGCGAGCGGCCAUCGGAGCUCACACUCCUAAUCUCAAGGUUGCUAUUACUCAUGCGCAGCAUGUAUGUAGCCAGCGUUUGCUUGGAAUUCCAGAAAAGAAUGAGUGGAAUGCAUAGAGCGCAAUCUGAUUAUGGAUAUUUAGACCUUUUGUCACUCAAAAUUUGAUCACAUGCAUUUUGAUCUUGUAUCACAUGAAACUUACACAAAGCGGAGCAUUCGAGCAAGAGCAUUUUGACCUUCAUCUACACUCACUGACCUUUGGUUAUUACUAGUUUAGUCUUGUUAGUACUGCUCUGAUUUUGGAUUUGACUUUUUAUACAACUUAAAUCUGCUUUGUUCUUCCCUCUCUUAGCGAUCCACCUUUAGUCAAGACGAGUUCUAUGUUGUUAUCAUUGUUAAGUCAUCUGAUGAAGAAUGUGUUACUGGAGAACGCUUUGCACAGCCUCAUGGAAAGAAAAUGAAUUCCAAAGACUCACAUUAUGCAGGUGACAAUCUGAAAGGUUUCGACUAGUUUUUACCCCUAUUUUUUGGCAAGAGAGAUUUCUAUAACUCUACAGCCCUGGGUUCUUCUUCUUGUUCUUGUUCUUUUUCCAUUACUUGGCUCCAUCUAUAAAGAUGAUUCCUCCAAGUGGUCGGGGUUUCCAUCAAAAACAUUUCAAAGUCCCAUUAAAAAAAGUAUAUUGGAGGGUUUCAAAAAUGUUUAGCCAGCCAGGCCUUGAAAGAGGCCAGUGAUUGCAACUCAACCAUGUUUUGCGGCAGGCUGUUCCAUUCUUUUAUAUAGUUCUUGGAAAGAAUGAGAAUUUGUGGUAGUUUUUAGAGGACGAAACAACUUUAUAUACCAAAUUAUGUAAAUGAUGACUUGUGUGCGCACGUGAGAUUCUGGAGUGAGAUACUUGUACUUUUCUAUUUCAGCAAGACCAUUAUGAAUUAGCAUGUUCAUCAUAGCCAAACUAUUCCUUUUCCUCCUUAAUUCCAAGGAAUCCCACCCUAGAUUAUUGAGCAUAUCAGUGACACUUGCUGUGCGAUCAUAACAGUUUGUCACGAAGCAGGCAGAUCAUCUUUGCACCAUUUCUAUUUUGUCAAUGUUUAGCUUUGUUGGUGGCUUUAUAGUAAUAGACCCUUCCACCGUUUUUACAGGUUUUGAUAAGCCUUUAAGCCCCAAUAUCCAGAAUUCUCCACACUGAUAUUCAUACAUUUCUUUAAGUUGAUCAUUUGAUUAAAUCUCAUAACCUUAUCUCUUGACUAUGUAUGGAUGUCGUUAGGGGAAAAUUGAUGUUGGUCACCACUGGGACUUAAAGGGAACACUGCUGAAAAGAGUUAACCUUGAAAUUAGGGAGCUUACCAAGUUUAAGGGUACUUCAUCCAAAGCGAGCACAGAUAAUAAAUUGCUCCAUGGAGUGGUGAAGUUUUACAGAUGUUUGUUGAAUGGGGGCAUGAACUUGCCUUGACCUUUCAAACAUCUGUAAAAUUAUAUGACUUUGCAAAGCUUAUCUUCAUCAGUUUUUAACAUUCAAAUCUCUUUCAAACUUGGCAACUUUCCUUAUUUUAAGGUGUUCUUUCCAUGCAGCCGUGUUGACAGAUUUUCGCUAACUGGUCCCAGUCAAAAGACGAAAAGACCAUGGAAAGAUCCAUUAAAAGCUUAAUUUUUCUAUAAACUCUUCCUUCAGGUCCACUUUCAGAAAGGCAGAAAACUGUCACCAUAACAGUGGAACGCACUCUAUCAUGUGAGUGUAGCUAGCUUGACAUAUUUGUGGGAGAGUGUAAAGGAUUCAUAUGUGGUAUUAAAAAGGGUGGGGUCAGAAAUCAAAGAGACAAGGUGAGAGAUCAAAAGGGUGGCUGGGUGGAAAGGACUUAUAUGUAGUGUCAAAGGGAUGGGGUCGGAGAUCAAAAGGCCAGGAGUGAUAUGUGUGGGUGAGUGCAAAGGGUCCAGACAUGGCACAAAAGGGUGUGGUCAGAAAUCAAAGGGAUGGGAUCAGAGUUCAAAGGGAUGGGAGAGUGCAAAGGACUUAAGGUGGCUCGACUGGAUUUUUUUAGGGCGAUACCUCCCAGGUUUGAGCCUUAACUACGUCGGCAUGAGUAAAGAUAUCGAAAAAAGGUUACCACAACUGUAUUACAUAAAGAUGAAAAUUUCUUAAAAUCUGGGUUUUAUUGCAAUCGGAGUCGCCAUGGCAACGUAAUGACGCCAUUACGUUUUUCAUUUAUGCUUGUGUUUCUCUGUACCAGGAGUUUUUUGAAGAAAUCGCGUAAGGGAGUAUGUACCUGCCAUAACUGCCUCCAAUAUGGCAAAGUUUAAAGAAAUUCUAUGAGAGCGUUUUCGAAAUAUUUUGAAAUACACUUUUAAGAAUCAUAAAAACAGUGAAAUAGCAUGCUAGCCGCUCAAUUCGCUAAUAUAUUAAGAAAAUGAUAAGCUUUGGGAACGCGGCUUCAUCUCAUAGUGGAUUGAUUCCAUUGAAAACUGCAUACAAAAUUAUUGUUACAAUUAUUGUUCUGGGCGAUCGCGAGUAAGAAGAAUUUUAUUAACUUGCAUUCAGCUGCUUUUGAUACAGUUUUUGGAGGUAAUUUGGUCCAUGCCUAAGAAUUUCGCAUUUUUCCAAAAACCGCUCGAUAAAUUUUUUUAUAAAUUCGACAAUUCCGAGAUCAAUCGUCAAGAAAUAUUCCCUGCAAGUUUUAAGAACAUUGAAAACAGGGAAGGCUUUUAAAUAGGGCCUCAAAUAUAGUCAAUUUUCCCCACAGAUUUUGUGUUUACAAGUGAGCGUCCUCAUUAUUCACUGGCAUUGUUUUCAAGUUUCAUAUACACGUGCACAUUUAGCAAAAAGAUAGAAUUUGCAUCAAAAAAAGACCCUCGGUUAAAUCUUGGGAUAUGCUAAUUACCGGGUAAAGAGGUUAGUGAUACAUUAUAACAUCAGAGCAACUCUUUGUGAGAGUUUCUGUGAUGUUAUAACCAAGUAAGAUAAUUAAGUAUUGCAUCCUACACGAUGAGCCGAGGCGUUCACCGUUUCGGCUCUCACUGCUAUCUGUGAUGACAAGCCAAUUAUGAGCAUAUACGGAUAUUUCUUCGAAAGUAAUCGAGAGUUCUUUUUGAUGCAAAUUUAUAUUUUUGCUAGUUGUGCACGUGCAUAUGAAACUUGAAAACAAUGCCAGUGAAUAAUGAAGACGCUCACCGUAAAACACAAAAUCUUGGGGAAAAAUUGGUCAUGUUUGAGUCCCUAUUUAAAAGUCAUUCCCUGUUUUCAAUGUUCUUGAAACUUGCAGGAAUAUUUCUUGACAACUGAUCUCGAAUUGUCGAAUUUAUAAAAAAUUUAUCGAGCGGUUUUUGGAAAAAUGCGAAAUUCUUAGGCAUGGACCAAAUUACCUCCAAAAACUGUAUCAAAAGUAGCUGAAUGCAAGUUAAUAAAAUUCUUCUUACUCGCGAUCGCCCAGAACAAUAAUUGUAACAAUAAUUUUGUAUGCAGUUUUCAAUGGAAUCAACCCACUAUGAGAUGAAGCCGCGUUCCCAAAGCUUAUCAUUUUCUUAAUAUAUUAGCGAAUUGAGCGGCUAGCAUGCUAUUUCACUGUUUUUAUGAUUCUUAAAAGUGUAUUUCAAAAUAUUUCGAAAACGCUCUCAUAGAAUUUCUUUAAACUUUGCCAUAAUGGAGGCAAUUAUGGCAGGUACAUACUCCCUUAAGCGAUUUCUUCAAAAAACUCCUGGUACAGAGAAACACAAGCAUAAAUGAAAAACGUAAUGGCGUCAUUACGUUGCCAUGGCGACUCCGAUUGCAAUAAAACCCAGAUUUUAAGAAAUUUUCAUCUUUAUGUAAUACAGUUGUGGUAACCUUUUUUCGAUAUCUUUACUCAUGCCGACGUAGUUAAUGCUCAAACUUGGGAGGUAUCAACCCCUAAAAAUCCAGUCGAGCCACCUUAAACAAAGCAUAAAAGGGCAGGUUCAGGAAUUAAAUAGAUUUGUUCAGAGAUCAAAGGGCUCAGGGAUGAGAUAAAUCGGUGCUAGCUUCACUUGGUAAGUUGUCUUUUCCACUCGGAUUUGCUGUCAAUGGGUUACAUACAUAAAAUGACUUUUUCUAUGACCUUUGUGUUUUGCAGCAAAAGCCUAUGUCAAGGCCAUUGGUGUUCCUGUUGCUUUUUUUGCAUCUUUCUAUCUCAUUGCAUUUAUUGUACUGCUUAUCACUUGGUGCCGGUAAGUAAGGCCUUGACAUCAUCAGGGGCAUAGUAGCCAUUGCCAAUAGGCAUUUCCUGUGUCCCGCAGGGAACUAUUCCUUAGACCUUAGAACCUAAGAACCUUAAAACCUUAGAACUGUCCCUUAUAACUUAGCAAUACAGGUCAUAAUGAGAUGCAGGAUUUACCUAGUCCCUUUUAUUAUUAAAUAGAGUACUAAAGUGAUGACGUCAUAAAAAUGAAAUUUCUGAAAUUAUGGGAUUUGUCAGGAUAUUCUGAAAGAACAAUGCCCAAGAGGCCUACUUACCAAAAAUGAGCAUUUCUGGGCAAAUUGUCUCUGAGAUGUUAGCCGGUUAAACUCAGAAAACUCCAUACAAACCCUUCUAAUUUUUUUUUGGGUCGACCCAAGAAAAUUUAGAAGGGUUUGUAUGGAGUUUUCUAAGCAUAACUGGGCUAUGAUCUCAGGGACAAUUUGCCCAGAAAUGCUCAUUUUUGGCAAAUAGGCCUCUUGGGCAUUGUUCUUUCAGAAUAUCCUGAUAAAUCCCAUAAUUUCAGAAAUUUCAUUUUUAUGACGUCACACUUUAGUACUCUAUUGCUAUCUUGGAUAAGCCAAUGAUAAAUAUUGUACCACUGAAUCAAGAGUGCAGGUAAGGUGCCCUGAAAGAUAUGCAUGAGGAAAAUUAUUUUUACUAGCCAUACAGAAUAAUCAAAACAUUAGAAACUACCACAGCUGCCAUGUAAACGAGGAUUGCUACUGUUUCAGUAACUUCUUCCCUGUAAAAGUAAUUUUACCUGCUACAAGUGAAAACUACAGCAAACAUGAUAACCAUGUUGGCAUGACAUUACUUUGAUACAAGUUGCUGAUUUAGGAAAUCACUCUCCACUAACUGCAUUGUACAAUUGUUUUUUUGUUUUUUUUUUUUAACUUUCAUAAACCUUUUUUAUUGAUUACUGUAUUUGUAUUUUGUGUCUCCAGACAAAGGGGAGGGCGCAGGGAAAGAAGUUUUAGGUCUAUUCUGAUGCCUAAAGAAGGCAAUAUUGAAGGUAUGCUAAGGGUUAACACAUGAAAAAGUAGAAAAAGUUUUAUUAGAAUUUUGUUUUGUUUUUUUUUUUACCCCCUGUAAGAGACAACAUCACAUACGGUAACCAUAAACUGUGUUCACAACUGCAAGAUUCAUUCUUCAUUUGAUUUUAUUUCCGCUGUUCUCAUAUAUGCUUUAUUUCAUAUACAUUUGUCAUACCAUAAUCUGCCACUUACAAGCCCCUCCACUUAUAUACCCUCCAAGUUAUAGGCCCAUCUGCCUGUAAACAAAAAAAUACAUCCGAUUAUAAGCCCCUCUUUAGCUUCAGUUGUAAGCCCCCGUCUGAAUUCAAUUUAUUUUGACAGUUUGAAGCUUUAACUAAAAACCAGUAAAUGCAAAAUGUAUUUUGAUCAGCACUGCUUUAGCUUGUUUCAAAGCGCUGUUUCUAUUCAGAUAUAAGCCCGCUCAGAAAUACUGUAAAAUUCUGAAAAUAAGCCCCUCCAUGUAUAAGCCCCUCCAAAAGUAAACCCCCCAAACUGGUAACGCGAAAAGCCUCCGUUAAAUCGCCCCUCCAAAUAUAAGCCCCACGGGGGCUUGUACUUCGAAAAUUGCCCUCAAACACAAAGUAGAACAAAGCAAAAACGGUAAAUUUACUUCCAACUUUAAGGCUAGCCCAAUCGAUUUUGAAACACAAAUUUCCCUCUGUAGAUAAGCCCCUCCAAAAAUAAGCCCCUCAAAAAGGGCCUUUGAAAAAUAUAAGCCCCAGGGCUUAUUUUUGGAAUUUUAUGGUAUGCCUCUCCGUUUAUAAGCUUUCUUAAAACCCCUUGCAAAGAUGUAUAAGCUGAGGGCUUAUAAGCGACAGUUGACCAUGUAGUCCAUUCCUAUGUGUGCUGUACCCUUUCAUGCAAACAGUAACUCAGAGUAAAAGAGUGACUACUGACAUGUUACUAUUCGUUUUGAAAUUUUGAAUUUGUAUGGAAUUAAUUCUCAGAGUCAAAACAGUAGUUACGCCAUACUUUUUCUUGGUAUAAACCCCUCUAGUUCGCCUCCUGUAAGCAAUCACUAAAUCUCGGCAUUUUAACUGGUGGCUCACAGAAGGUUCGACUCUAGGAUUGCUAUUGAAAUUUAGUAAAAUCUGCUUAAACUUUACCUACAGAUUGUUUAAUUAAUCACUUAAACUAAGCUCAUCGCCAAUAAAUAAACGUGGGAACUGGUGCCUCAAAAGGUAGUUAGGGUAGGGUCUAAAAUAACCCAGGCAUAGCAGGCAGGUAUCCAUAGCAACCAUCCCCACAGCCCUGAAUGCUUAAUUUGGCAAAGCAAUAAAACCUGCCAUCUUAAAUUUUUUAAGGUUAGACUUUUAUCAUGUGCUAAUCAUUGAAAAGGUGAUUCUGUAGUUUUCAAGUGCUAGUCCCAUAUGGAUAUCCAGACUCUGUGGAAGAGAUCAACUAACUGCUACUGGAAAUGAAAAAUGUACUCUCCUUAAUGUUUGUAUUGUUUAUAGGGAGGGGAAGUAAAUAUUAUCAUUUGAUGCUAAACAACAUUUUGUUGUCCACUUUAGAUGUUCCAGUGAGCGCUCCACUGAGGACUUCCUCGUCCAGGAGAUCAAGAACACGAGAUCAUUAUGGGACAACUCUGCAUGGUCAGUAUCAAUCUUGGAAUCUGGAUUCCAUAAUCCUGGAAAUUUUCACUUGCGGAAUCAGCUAGUACAGUAAAGGGCGAUACACACGAGGGGUUUUGCUCCUGGAGCAUGCUCCAGACUCAUUUUGCACAUGUCAGUACACACAAGGGAGUGUUUUCAAGUUCGCUCAAUUUGCCCCGGGAGCUUGCUCACAAAUAUUUAACCGGUUAAAUAUCGUGGAGCAUUUUGCGGGGUGGAAAUUCUGCUCCCGAAGAUGAAGUAUACCCAUGAAAUCGUUGGUACAUACGGAGGAGCUUUGCUCCCAGAGCGUGCCCCUGGAGCAUGCUCUGGAUUUUCCCCGGCUGCUAUGAGCGUGAGGCCCGGCUACUUUCAUAGAAAACAAAAGGAAAAUGGAACCAGAAGAACUUUCUAACCAUACAAUUUUCUCUUACUAAUCACAUAUACCUCGCAACUUGAAGUGUUAGUGACAGCCCUGGGUUAAGGUGGUUCCCUGUGAACGGAACUUCUAAGCGCUUGAAUUUUCAACCGGUGGAAAAUUUGUCUGGCACAUAAGCUUAACCCUUUAAACCCUAAGAUCAACAUUUGAAUUCUCAUUUGUUGCCCCUAUUCAUUUCCUACAGAAGUAGUGGGGAGAAGUUGAUAAAAUAUCAAGCAAAUUCAUCUCGUGUGAUCAUGUCCGUAAUUCUCAUGACCACAUGUUUGACAAAGCAUUGAUGUUACAAGGAGAAAUUCGAUGCUGAUCACUCUUAGGGCUAAAGGGUAAAAGAAAAUGACUGAGGAAUAGCAGAGACAAGUCUAGGUGUCCACUUCAUGGGGGUCUUAUAGAGAUGUUGAAAAAGAGAAUCGACUGUUUGUUUUGUGUUUGUUUUUUUUCCAGCAGAUAAUGAAGUGUUAUUUGAUCAUGAUAGUGUUGAUCAAUUAGAGGAGGACCAUUCUUUAGUCACUGAUGGAAUAAAAGAUCCUACCUCACGGGAUUUUGAGCAACAUUAUGACAUGUUGCAUGAUAUUGAUCAGGAGAAAGAUAUUUACAGGCUCAGGGUGAGUAAGUAAAUAAUUAUCAUUGUCAAUGAAAUGAACAAGUGCUUGAAGAAUUAUUGCAUAUUUCAGGAAGUUGUGGUUACAUGUCAAGGUUCUCAUAGAACUUAGAGUUUAUAUAUUUCAAAUGUUUUAUCAAAAUUUAGUCAUCCAAGUAUAGUGGAUGUAUUUCGUUGGGAUUCACCAAGGUCAGGUUUGGAUCUACCAGUUAUUAGUCCCGUUGGGUUAAGAAGAUGUAUAUCCAGGGCUUGUAAGUGGCAGUUUAAGGUAUGCCCUUGCAUUGAGUAAUUCAGACAGAUAUAUGCAACAUUAGUAGUCCAGAUAACAUCUAUUGUUAGUAAAGUAGAGUUGUUCAACUACUAUUAACCCGAGAAAUUAAAGGUGCAUUCAAAUUUAUCAAUUCAAAUUCUUUUGGGUCAUCAGACUAGCUUGAUGCUGACAGAUCUGGCUAAGAAAGAAAAGAAAUACCUUCAAAAGAAAUACAGACUAUAUCACUGGUUAGUAUGAUAAUGCAAUUUUAAUUUGAUUUUGAGUAUCUCAAUCUAUUGUACAGAUUCUGGCCCAUCCUUUAGUUGGCCCUUUACUUCUAAUCAGCCUGGAACCAGGCUCCACAGUGGGGAAAAAGACGGGAAAAAAUCAGCUGGCCAAGUCAGCUGAGGGGGAGUCUGGAAAGGGUUAAGGGUCCCCUCUCCGCCCCCAGUCCAUUUUUGGCUGUUUCGCCCAUUGUUUGGCCUUUUUCCCCCACUAUGGAGCUGGAUCCUAGCCCACUUCUAAUCAGCUUUGUUUUCAGGGACAAUUUAUUUUGGCCAUGUCAGAUAUAAUACUCCUCUAUUGAUCUAUUAAGAGUCAGGGAAUUGUUCUCCUGAAAUCUCUGUGUUUUUUUUUUAUUAUUUUUUUUCAAUUGAUAUAGGAAUCUGUUGAUGAUAGCUGUAUUCUAUGCCCUUCCAGUUGUCCAACUCGUUAUCACAUAUCAAAAGGUAUUUACAUUUGAAAUAAAGUUGAAAUAAAUAGAGUCAGAUUUCCAUCAUGGUUGGACAUUACUUUCUUACAUCUCUGUAAGGCAUCGGUUGUAGAAAUAGUCAACUCUUUUAGAAAGGAGGCAGUAUGGUCUAGCGGUUAUGGCGCUGGGAUUAUAAUCUGGUGGCCCCAGGUUCAAGUCCCACCCUCGCCACUAGCUGGAUUUAUUCUUGAUAGUCCUGAGUUCAAAUCGUUGACACUUGUAAAUAGCUAAAUGGUUUGCCUUCAGCCAUCUGGGAUUCCUAACCUUGUGUUACUGGUAUCAUUGUCGCUGUUGUUGUUGUUUUGCCUUUUGUGUGGCGAAAGUAAGAUGUCGCAAUAAAUUGUGUCAGUAAGAUUAGUUGAUGUUAUUUUCCAGGUUCUUAAUGCCAGCGGAGAUGAAGAUAUUUGCUACUACAACUUUUUUUGUGCUCAUCCUUUGGGGGUAUUGAGGUGAAACAUUAAAUAAUUACUCAUGGGCUAUAGUUAUAAUUAUGCCAUGCUUUCGAUCGGUAUGCCUUAAAAUAUUGUUUUGUCAUUUUUCAAAACAAGUGACAUAAAUUUAUAAACCUAAUGGCGACUAAGCCUUAAGGGAAACCACUGGGCUUAUAGGUAGUAGGCUCCUUGAUUAUUUUUAGUGAAUUAUUGACUUAUCAAGCAAGUCAUGUCAACGGCAGUGCUACAAUAAGCAUUAUAGCAAUUUAUAUCCAUUACUUCAUAAAAAAUGCAAGGGUCGAGGUAACCUCUCGAGUUGAAAACCCUUUUUCAGUACAAUUUCCCUGUUCACUUUACGGCCCAGAAAAUCCAUUUAAAUCAAACCAAUCGGAUGCUGCAGAAUAAGCGCUUUCCAACCCUCAGAUUGGCUCUUUAGUGCACUCCUAACGGCAUGGGAGAAUUCAUGUUAAAACUACACUGUGUCAGCAAGUUCUUCGCAAUAAAUUUCUAACGUACUUUUGUUGAUGAUGCGUGUGUUAGAACUUUUCUCUCUUUGAUCUUGUUGCAGUGCCUUUAACAAUGUGUGGAGUAACGUUGGAUAUAUCAUGUUAGGAUUCCUGUUUUUCCUUCUUGUUAUGCGACGGUAACUAUACUCAUAACAUCUCACUACUCUCCGCUAUCUAUUUUGAAAAUAUCUCAACAGAAAAAGUUACAAACGUGAGGAAAGAACAGGGGCUCAAUUUGUAACACUGCUUCCUAAAUGUAUUAUGGGGUAAAAGAUUCACAUUGGCGGCCAUUUUCCCUGUGGCGCAAAUUAACCUCGUUUUCUCUAGAGGUACUUGCCUCAUUUUCACGUUGAAACAAUUUGUUAUCUCACACUCGAAUCUCGACCUAGCUUCCUCCGCAGGCAUUGCCUUUUGUAACAGUACACUGACCGUGAUGAAUCUGAGAACGAAAAAAGAAGAAGAAAAGAGGAGUCACUCAGUUCUUUCCCCAUUCUCCCACUCUUUCUCUAAAACAGGACAGUGAUGCCUGCGGAGGAGGCUUAUCUCGACCGCAGUUUAUUAAUAGGGAGCUUAAGCAACUACGACGCGGACCGCAACGACUACUUCAAAAAACAAUAGGUUUAAUGAUCAAAACAACAGCUCUGCAGGUGCAUCACCCUCUUUAGUACAUUUCUUUGACGUCCACUGCACGAAUACGACAUGAAACCUCUUAAUUUGACGUUUUAUGAAGGACGUGGAGAUACGACGACGAAAUUUCCUUCUUUUUGAACCUGAUAAAAUUCUUUAGAAUUCAACUCCAGGAAAAGUCGCCUGCAUUUGACAUGUUGAGCGGGUCCAAAGACGCGAUUAAGUUUGAAGGAACAAAACUUCAUUUUUUUGGCGACGUUUUCACUGCCGCCGCCGUCGUAGUCCGUAAUAUGUGAUGUUAGAAAGAUGGUCAGGGGAGUGGUUGACUUAUUUGAGGGUUGCUUUACUUCUUCCCUUUUUUUAAUGUUGUUUUUUCUUGUGUUUUAGAGACAGGCAACAUAUGCAAGAUAUAACUGACAAUAGUGAUAUGGAGAAGGUAUUAGUACAUUACUUUAUUUUUCUUGAUUAAUUGAAAUUAAGCCAUUUCAUGUCUAUUACUGUACCGAUGUUAACGGUUUGUUACAUUUCUUAUACAGUAUAUUAUAAUUGUUGUCCUUCUUUCAGUAUUACGGAAUUCCUCAGCAUUAUGCGAUAUUUUAUGCCAUGGGUAAGUGGUUGCUUUAAGUCUUCAAUAAAUAAACUUUCUUACUUGACGUGUUGUAACUCAGGGAUAGAAAAUUAAAGUGAAACAGGUCUGGAAUGGGGGCCCUGAUCUUGUAUUUCUGUUCCUUUUUAACGAGAAUUGCGCAUCCCGAAUUCUUUCCUCGUUAUCCCGAAUAUCGUUGUCUUUCCCAAUCCCGCAUCCGUGCUAAAUUUUGGCGAAUCUCGCUUCCCGAUUAGUAGUUAAAACCCGUAUCCCGUUAACGUUUCCCCAACCCCGCGCUGGAAUUUGGUCAAAUCGCGGAUCCCCAAAAACCCCUUUCCUGGUAAAAGUACAAGUAGCUACCCACUUUCUUUGGUAUUAUUGCAAUGUGGACUAGACCGGGCUGUAUUAUGCUAGUUACCUUAAAGAUACCAACUUUAUUUACUUCUGUUGUUGUUGUUGCAGCGCUUGCCUUGAUAAUGGAAGGUGUUCUGUCAGCCUGUUAUCACGUGUGUCCUAACAAUUCUAAUUUCCAGUUUGGUAAGUGAGUAGUCCAGAAGCGAGAGAAAGAGAGAAAAUCAAAGCGAGGAAAAGCAAUUAGAGGAAAACAGCGUCAACAAAAAUCUAUUGUGUUUAGUAUAAUAGAAUUAGUUUGCCUUUGUCCUCAUUCUUAGUAGGCCACUUCUGAGUUGGUCUUUGCCUCCUUUUCAAAACUAGGGUAGUUGCGAAUUCUAUCAUAUGCAAAAUUUUACACAAAGUUCUUGCACGUGGCCUCCUUCUGAAAGCGAGAGUUUUUGGUCUUCGGAAAUGGCUGAUUGCGCGCCGCGAAUCAGUAAAACAGAACCAUGGACGACAAAACUUGUAUAGAGUGUUUUCACUCACGUGGCCAGCAUCUAUGCUAAUUUAUUGGAACAAAAGAAAGCGUUUGCAUAAGAAAAAAGUUCAACUCCCAGAGGACUGGUUUGGGACACCAACAUGGCCGCCGUUUCAUUGUUUUGGGACACCAAUAUGGCCGCCGUGACGUCAUGUGAAAACACUCUAUAGUUACGAUACGAUUCAAUGAUUUUGGCUAACAUCAAGUUUGAGCGUGUUUUAUUCAUGACCGUUUGACGUCAUUAACGUUAAUUUAUUCCUCUGUUCGCUUUGGAGAUAUCUGCGCAGAAACAGGAGAAAAACAUCCCUGCUAUACUACUACGUUCCCUCUACAAGUACUUUUCGAUUUCUUUUCGUUUAAAUGUUUAUCACCACAGCUUAGGCUCGUUUUCUUUUCCAUAGCUUGUUUCCGUCUUUCAUCGAACAAGUCUUUGGCAUAGCAUCUUACAAUGAAUUCACGAAUUUCUUUAAACGAUGCCAUGUCUAAACUUUGUCUUCAUUCUCCCUCUUAAGGUUUCUUUUUCGCGACGAAAACAAAGUUUAACCCUCGCCACCCUUUAGUCUGUUUGGGACGCAUACGUCAUAAUUUCGUCUUCGUUUUCUUCCUGACGCAGGUGCUUAAGGUCCUUGUUAUAGCCUCAGUUCCACUGCAUUUUUAUGAAUCAACUAAGAACAUUGGUGUCCCCGUUUUGAUAUGAAAAUCAAGGCCGAAAGUGUCGUACAUAGCAUCACACUUGGUGUUGUUUCUCUCCUAUGGUCGCCAUCAUUUUGUUUCUUUCUCAGCCAAUGAACUCUACUCCUUUUCAUUUUUUAUUUAGACACGUCGUUUAUGUACAUCAUCACCUGUCUUGGUAUAGUGAAGCUUUAUCAAACCCGCCAUCCAGACAUUGCCGCCAACGCUCACAGCGUCUACGCUGGAUUUGCGUUGAUCAUCCUCAUAGCCGUUAUAGGAGUGGUAAGAAAAACAGCCCACCUACCCCUCCCCUAAUUCUACAUUUUGCCUUAAAUCGGAAAUUAGUGUGAACGCUGGGUUAGGGGAGGGGUAGGCGGCUACUUUCCCAGAAUCUUAUACUGAUGCAAACUUAACACCAUUUGACUACAGCUACCCUGCAGAGCCUUUUUAAUUCUGUAACUAAUUCCAGUUUUUCCCCAUUCGUGCUCCUGGUUUUCGUCUGUGUUCGUUCCUCUACAGUUUAGGUCAUCAUAGCCAAUCCUAUUACCACAUGGCCGAUCCUCUUAAAGGAUGUGUUCGUCAUUUGCAUAUCUCCCAUAAUACACCUUGUUGCACCCAACGCCACCCCCCCCGCUAAAAAAUGGCUUAAGCAUUGUCCUCAAUUUCUUUUGGGACGACUGAAAUACCCAGGAGGAAUUGAAAUCAAAGGUUAUGCAAAAUUUUGGAGGGCAAACAUGUACUAUUGGAGAUCUGCAAAUGGUGAAAUCAAUUCUCAGAUCAUGGAUCAUGCUGUCAUUCGUUUGACGAUUUAAGUAGCGAUGGCUGUCUCGAAGGCCGCUCAGAUCAGGCAUAUUUAACUAAAUUCAUUACUAAUUUACUGCUUAUUUUUUCAUUGUUUUGUUAUUGAAGGUUUACAGUUCAUUUGCAUUCUGGACGACAUUUGCCAUAAUUCAUAUUUUUGGAUGCUUGUACCUCAGUUCUCAAAUAUACUACAUGGGAAGGGUCAAGUUUGGUAAGUAAAAUACUUUCUCUUAUUCCAGAACAAAUGUUUUUUUUUUUUGUAUAAAUUGCAUAAUCAAGGAAUUUUUUUUAUGGGAAAUGUGAAGAAAAAUAACUAAAGCACCGUUUUCAUUCCCCGGCCCACAAGAAGUAAACAGUGCCACAAGUGCUUUUUUUUUCUUGCAAUUCUCGAGCUUUCUUGCCUAUGGAGCGUUUUCACUCUGGUGGCCAGCAUCAAUCCAGAUUUCUUAGAGCAGAAGAAAGAGUUCAACUACCACAGGAUCUGUUUGGAACACCAAUAUAUCCGCCGUAACGUCAUUUGAAAACACUCUAUUUUUUCCUUUUCAAUUACACUUCUACUUGGCGGUAGCUUGAAAAGUGUUGGUUGCAUCAUCAAACAGUAAAUCACUGUACAUAACAUGUUAUCUCGAUUUUGUUGCGUUUGCCAGAUGCUGGAAUGCUUUCAAGAGUGUUUAUCUUGUUGCGAUACGAUUGCUGCUCUAGCCCAACGUACAAGGUAAACUUGUUGUAAUUCAGUGUCUUUCUUGAAAAUGUUGUCCUAAUCCACCACUUAAGAAACCAGAAGGGGACUGGAGCCCAAAUGCGUCCCGCAAUUGUUUCUGGGAUUGUUACUAGGUACGCGUCGGUGCGUCGGUCAGCUAUUGGCUAAUUUCUUUCGCUUUCCCAAUUAACAGCCCCAGAAGUCUUUGUGAAAGUUAAGUCGGCCCAGUUUCCUUCUCGUUUAUAAAGUGGCGAAGUUGUCCGUGAGAUUGGGUCGGUGUUAUGUCGAAUUGCACUAUGGGACCUUUUUGUGGAUACUAUCGCUUGGCGGGAAACUGCGGACUGUUCGUCCUGCGAAACGUGCCCAUGAACAAAUCGAAGUUACGCAAUACCAGUCUUCGCGCGCAAUGUAAUACAAUCAAAUCCCGCUUUACGGAUACCUCAUUAUUACGUACGUACAGAAUAUUUCAUGGAAAGUUCGGGUGUACGGUAUUUACGCUCGAGUAGCUGACGUAUCAGUAAUAGAAACUGGAAUAGAACGAGUGAGCGGACACCUCCAUUAAAAUGCACAACUCUUAUUACGACAGCUGUUCUGGUAGUGAAGAUACCGAAUUUUGUAUAUCCUUAAAAACCUCAAGUGAUGCUAGUGGUUUCAAUAAAAGGUCUAUUUGUUUUGCAGGACAGAAUGCUUCUUUUGGUGAUUGCCAAUAUGAUCAACUGGUUUUUGUAAGUAGGCUUUGUGCUUACUUAAUGCUUAACAGAUUGUUAUUUCAGUAUUUGUGUAAGAGAGAUAUACAAACUCGACUGAUAAAAACGUUAGUGUGAAAGGUUUGAGCCCAGGAGUCAUUUCGUAAGUAGGUUGAGUAUGAUCGUCCGGGUGAACGUAGUCCUGAAUAGGACUGUUGUUGUUGACAGUGACUAACGUUUUGACAAUCUGUGCGGUAGUCAUGUUCAGAGUCAAAGUGAGUUGUACUCACGUCAGUUGAUGGUAUUAAACUCUGGUUAUUGAGCUAGUGAUCAAUAAAGUCGCGAUAUUAUUGGUCGUCUGUCAGUUAAAGGGGCUGUGUCUCGGCAGUCCAGUUCAUUUUGUUUAAUUUUGCCAAUUACUCGCCCUCAAUCGCUAUCGAACUUAAAGUAAGCAAAAAAAUUCCAUGGAAAUGACAAAAUCAAAGAUUCGAGACAAACAAAUAUGUCUCCUGAGCAUUAUUUUUGAAGUUGCAAACAGCAGAGAUCAACUUUGAAAAAAUUGUUAGGCUGAACAGUUUUCAAAAACCCUAAUUGUAAUCCAUUUCAAUCUUCUUCAGUUUUGCCCAUCCGUGGCAUCUGUUGUAUCUGUUGUGUUAAUUGAACCUUCCUUUAAUGUUUUAAGCGGUUAUUUUUACGUUUCUCUUAUAUUAACGAGCAUUUUGUAAUUACCUAAUUUGGGUGAAUUUCGUGACACAGCUCCUUUAAGCCGUGAUCUUAUUGGCUAUGAAGGGUCGUAAUGUCAUUGGUGCUCAGCAAUGUGAUUAUUGAUGUCACCAUUUUUCGUCGCUCGCUUGUGUUCGGUCAGUCGCGUGCUAAGGUUUCUGUCGAUUUCGCCAAUGUAAGUAGCCUGCCAGUCGCAGCAUCUUGUAUACUGCUCCCUGUCUGUCCUCCGGUUUGUCUUUGUCCUUGACAUUAGUAAGUAGUCGUCUAAAGGUGGUUAUAGGUUUGUGUACAAAACGUUAGUAUAAAGGAAAAACAUGUCGCUCCUGAAAGAUCAUAUUUAUAGUAAUUACAGUUGAACUUAAGCGGCCACCUUUGGGGUACCGGCAAGUGGCCGCUUUGAAUAGAGGUUAGCCGCUCAAUAGAGGUUCGACAGAAAUGGGCGUAUUCUUUAGCAGAAAUAUCACUUUAUGAAACAAACACGCGACAGGAGCGGCAUUACCUGUCCACAAUCAGUCGUCACCUUUCUCGGACUGUAUUUUCCUUCAUCACAUUUUUAGAAUACGGCCAAACCGCUUAAUAGAGAUAACAACCAUGGAAGAACUCCUGUCGUGAUGGCCAAUAGGUAAUCGCGGCUGCUUAACUGUUUAAAUUACAUUUUUUUUUCUGCAAUUAUUUCGGGACUUAAAUUACUGGCUGCUUAGUAGAGGGUGGCCGCUUAAGGUGAUUCCAUAGUAAAAGAACCUAACAUAGAUUUUAGUUAAAACUUGGUACACUGAUGUAACAAGUCAAGAAGAUGAUAAAAAAGUAAUAAAAAGUGGGGGUCACCGUGCCCGUUUUGACGUCACAAUACUGACAAAUACGGCUAUUUAGGACCCUUUUACAAAAACCGCAGGCAGCGCAAAACUCGACAAAAAGGAGAGAUUUUUUCGAUGAUGCAUGUGACAUCACACAGAAUUUGACUUUAAUGUAUUGUUUAUCCACUUACGUACCAGAAAAAUGCCUUUUAAUGCCCUUGUUUUUACUUUACGCUCCAAAGUAGAAUUAAAUUGGACGCGCGCUUUUCGACCCGUGAUGGCUCAAUCCGUACAAUUUAGCAAAAUUGCCAAAAAACUGGACAUAGAUUUGAGCCAAUUUUUUUCUCGUCGAAAGGAAGCACUGUCCUUAUUAAAAUCAUGAAAUAAAAAAUGGGGUUCACCGUACUCGUUUUUUGCGGUAGAGCUGCAGAAAGUGCGCACCAAACGCAUUUUCUCCGAGUUUUGAGAGAGGACUGGGGCGAGUUUCAAAAUAGAACAUAUGUGAAAGGGGGAAGAAAGUAUUAAAAAAUCCGUUUUUACAGAAUUUACAUCGAGAUAUCACAUUUAGGACACAAUGUGAUAAAGAAAGUGUUUAAAUGAAAAUCAAAGUGAGUAAGCGCAAGUUAAACAUCCACUAUCGAGGUUCUCCGAGAGGAGGUCGAACUCAGCAACACGCGUACUGCUUACAUUAUGCACAUUCCCAACACAUUAAGUCUCACCUCGGCAAGAAACAACAGCAAGCAAAAAUUCCAAGAGCGUUUUUCUUCAGUCAACUUCAUUUUAAUAAUAUUACUUCACGUGCUCUUUUUUACGGCGGCCAUCUUGUUAUGCGCAGUAAGAGAUGCGCAGUGCAAAACUAGGGAAUCACCUUAAUGGAAGUUUAGCUGUAGUUUAGACUGACAGAUUGGUUGUUUGAUUUCUAGUGCCAUAUAUGGUGUUGCAACCACGCCCAACGACUUUGCUACCUACCUAUUAGCUAUUUUGAUUGUCAAUGGACUCCUUUAUUUGGCGUUUUAUGUCAUCAUGAAGGUACUCUUAUCGAGAUUUGCCUUUGAUUCAUUAACUUAACAUUCCCCAUUCUCUAGGGAGAAUGGGUACAAGCCCUGGGCACAGUGAUUUCUGGAUCGUUUGGGGUGGACUAGCGUUUGUCAUGAUUGUUCGAUGGUAUUCAAGGCAACCAUUAGCCAAUCAUAAGUAACCCUUGUCUACCCAGUCGAUCCCAGAAAUCGUUGCACCGAAAACUUUUACCCAUUCCCCCAACGGACAAUUAUGAAUUGCCAUACGCAAUUUCAUUUUCACCACAGUUGACAAUCUCCUUCCACAGCAACGUCCCUGUAAUAUUUUGUUUUGUCUAAUUUGAUUUUCAGCUAAGAAACAAUGAAAGGAUCCUUCUGUUUCCGUUACUUGUCCUUGGUUGGACGCUGGCGUGCUGGAUAGCUGCACUUAUUUUCUUCUUGAGUAAUCUGACAUCUUGGCAGGUUUGUGACCGUUAUCACUUUUAUCCCCAACAUCAAAAUACAAAUUCUUCUUUCCUGUCCCAUACGUCUGUUAUUAAAGAAAUGGGGAGAAUGUGUUAAAAUAUCAUGAGAAUUAAGCGUAAGUGAUCAUAUCUUUGAUUCUUAUGACCCUUCUGAUUGAUUGAGAAAAGAGAUUAAGAGACGUUUGGUUUUAAUCACCAUUGAGGCUUAUUAAGGAUAUAUUAAACCGUGGUGAAUUUCGGUCUUUGAAAAAUGAAAAGUGUCCUCUCAUUAAUCUGAAUGAUAAAGUCGCACACUGGUCUAAAUUUACUCGCAAGUAGAACGUAAAAAUCCAUCAUUUCGGUGUACUCCACCUCGCGGGAAGCGGCUGUAUUCGUCUGUUAGUACAUUGAGGGGACAAUCAUUUUUCUUUUUAUCCUUUAGGCCCGUUUCUCGAAAGUCCCAAUAAUUAACGCUCCCGGAAAGCUGUUGUUGUUUACUUUCAACAUCACGCGUACAAUAGUCUGGAGAUAUUCAAGUACCAUUUAACAAAACAAAAUGGACUGGUUUGUUUCCUGGUUUUAUUCUUUGGAUUUUGAUCUGAAUCAGAAUUGAUUUUAGGCCCGAAAAGUUACCGGGACUUUCGAGAAACGGGCCCCUGGUUACAAAUGGUAAUUCUGCGCGCCCCUUUUGACUCAAAUGAGUUUUCGUUUACUUACAGUGGUGAUAUUCUAUACAUGUACUUUUAUAUAUAGGGUCGCAAAUUGUAAUUUAAGCAUUGGUCGAGAGAAGGGCGUGUCUUAAGCCAUUCUUAAAGUAUAAAAGUACACAAACAUCAAAAGUUGAAAGUACUUUGUUCGUAAAUACUCAACGAUCUAUUCCCAUCAUAUUGCAUUGUAUUGUAAGGUUUAUUCAUUAGAAACGUUUUAAGCAUUUUGUUCUUACUUUCUGUUCACGUUUUACUCGGCAGAAAAGCCCAGCUCGAUCACGAGAAGGGAAUAAAGACUGUAUUCUUCUUGGCUUCUAUGAUAAUCACGAUGUGUGGCAUUUUCUGUCCGCCUGUGCUUUAUUCUUUUCAUUUUUGGUAAGUAGGCCUUAAGCUACAUGCAAAAGGACGCAACAACUCUCAACAAUGUUGGACCAACAAUGUUGUGAGUUGUUGCCUCCUUGUUGGCAGUGGUGUUCAAAAGGAUGCAACAAUUCCCAGCAAUGUUGGGCCAACAAUUUUGGGAGUUGUUGCGUCCUUGUUGGCAGUGGUGUGCAAACGGACGCAACAUCCAACAAUGUUGGGAGUUGUUGGCCAACAAUGUUGUGUCUGUUUUUACGGGGCUUUCAAGUACCCAUAGCCUAAGAACUUUUAUUUUAAUUAAUUGAAAGUACACAUUACUUUUUUUCAGUACUGUUAAGGUAUUUCGUCUCAUUAUUAGUUCCAUUUUUUUCAUUCAGGGCUUGUUGACGCUGGACGAUGAUCUUCUAAGAACACCAAGACACAGCAUCCCUGUCUUUUAGUUCGUCUUAAGCGAUAGAUAAAUAGAAUAGUGAUGUUCCAAGUAAAUAAAUUCAAGUUAUAUGUAGAUAUUUGAUUUAGAAGCAUGACAAACGUUUCUCAAUUAUAUUUUUGAAACUCGCGAUAUUCUUGUGAAAUUUUCUUAUGAAAAUUGUUGUAGACGGAAGAAUUUGGCUCUAAUUGAAGCCCUUUUUUAAUCGGAAGAUGUAAAUGUUUCAAUUUCUCCAGUACGGGGUUCAAUGAUGUAUCGGUUUUAAAAGUAGAUUAAUUUGGGGGGCUAGAGUCCCACCGAUGAAUGAGUGAAAAAAACCUUUUUUAUAUAAAUAACGAGUCUUGAGAAUUCCUUUCCGCUUCGGAUAAUAUUUAACGCGAGGCGCAUUAGACACACUGUUAGACAGUCCUAGAUAGAAAUUAUAACUUACGAGAUUUUGCUGUCAUACGAUGUAUUUUUGAGGUAUUGUAAAGUGUUACUGAAUUCUAGUUGUCUCUUACCAAGACAGAGUUGAGUUUUUACCUCGUCGUAACCUCGAUGUGUGAACAAAAACGAC